UCUACAUUCCCCCCCAAAAAAGACUCAGAGACUCUCUGGAUUUUCUUCUUCUUUCCCCCUUCUUCUUCUUCGGUGGUGUUUUUGGGUGUGAUCAUGGAGCUCUCGGAUAUCUCUUUCCCCAUCCCGGCCGCAGAUGAUUUCUACGACGACCCGUGCUUCAACACCAGCGACAUGCACUUCUUCGAGGACCUGGACCCGCGGCUGGUUCAUGUGGGCCUCCUGAAGCCAGACGCUUCCUCUCCCUCACCCUCCCCUUCUUCCUCCUCCUCUUCCUCCUCCCCGUCCUCUUCCAUGCACCACCAUCACCACGACGAUGAGCACGUCCGGGCCCCCAGUGGGCACCACCAGGCGGGCCGCUGCCUGCUCUGGGCCUGCAAGGCCUGCAAGAGGAAGACCACCAACGCGGACCGGAGGAAGGCAGCCACCAUGCGCGAGAGGCGGCGGCUGGGCAAGGUGAACGACGCCUUCGAGAACCUGAAGAGGUGCACCUCUGCAAACCCGAACCAGAGGCUGCCAAAAGUGGAGAUCCUGCGCAACGCCAUCAGCUACAUCGAGUCCCUGCAGUCGCUGCUGCGCGGCGGGGGCGGGCAGGAAGACAGCUUCUACCCGGUGCUGGAGCACUACAGCGGGGACUCGGACGCCUCCAGCCCCCGGUCCAACUGCUCCGACGGCAUGACGGAUUUCACCGGCCCCAGCUGCCAGUCCAACAGAAGAGGAAAUUAUGAAAGCUCGUAUUUCUCCGAGAAACAAAACGGCUCUCUGAAGAGUCGCAGCUCCGUGGUCUCCAGCCUCGACUGCCUGUCCAGCAUCGUGGAGCGGAUCUCCACUGACGGGCCCUCGGCCCCCGAAGCUCCGGGGCCAGACCAGACCCAGGCCCCCACCCAGACUCCCAUCCAGGACCCUAACCUGAUCUACCAAGUCCUAUAGACCCCCUUCACUACCUUUGAGUUUAAUUUAAUCCGGGCUGACCUGAGUGUCCACAACCUGUGUGCAUCAGAUUCCUUCAGAAAGUAUGGAAGCCCAUUCGUGCCAAGAAAAUGAGAAUUAUUGGGAAAUAAUUUGUAACAACUUAAGACCCAUUUACUUAUUGCAAAAGUCUUUGUCCAUAGGUGGAGUAUUUUAUAUCAGAUUUUAUAGAUUUUAUAACUACCGAGCAAACUCCAUGUGCAGAACAAGAUUUAGCAAAAGUGUAUUUUUCUAUUUGAAUUCAGUCUUAAUUAAAACAGCUCUUAAAUAAGUAUAACAAAUAUUAGUUUCAACAAAAAAAUACAAAUAAUUAUUUCAAGAUAAAGUUGUGUCAUUUAAUUCAUUUAGAAAAUCUUCAUAUUUUUUUGAGUAGACAUUUAAAGUUGAUUUUCUCAUUCCCAAAUUCCCAUAGGUCAGAUAUAUUCCUGGCAUUAAUUACCUUCCAUACUUCAGUAUAUUUAUCCUCUGAUAUUCUCUUUCCUGCUGUUAGAAAAGUGCCUUUUAGAUGUAAAAAGCACUAUGAAUGCUGGGAAAUGUAGUUUGUACACACGCUAAGUGAUGGCUACAACUCAGUUCAGUUCUUGCUGUAUUUUUAUUUUAUUUUAAGUUAUGAGAAGUUAUUUUAAAGGCUCUUUUAGAGUCACUCGUCCAGAUGGAUUAUUUUCUUCCUCUCUGUGCAAAAAGUCUAUUUGAUGAAGAACGGAGGCCAAAAAAAAACAUCCAUUUACAUUCCUCCACUUUCGUCCAUCUGAAGUCGUAAAAAAAAGCCCCAGCUGUUUGAUUCCCUCGGGAGGAAAAACAACUGCAAUAAUAUCCAGUGAUAUUUUAAAGAUAUGUCAUGCAACACUGCAGAUUUCUGUAGAAAAGCUGCAGUGAGUAAUAACACAGCGUGGGAGUCGUUCUGCUUCCUGUUGAAGUUAAAACCAAUGAUUAUUAUUUGAUGUUUUCAUUCACUGCAGCGGAGGACCACUUUUCUGUUUCUGUACAUAUGAUGUAAAUAAGAGCUGAUUUGUUCGGAGUAUUAAUUAUGUAUUUAAUGUUUCCGUCUGUACGUGCUUUUGUUUGUUUGUUGUGAAAAUGUUAAACUUUAUAUUUAUACACCUGAAAACUGAGUGACAGUCUUAUGACUAAUAAAUGAAACUGAUUAUUUAUACAAAAAAAAUCACGACUCUGCUUUUUAAUUUCUGAAAAAAACUCAAAUUUGAUGGUGAAUUUGGGGGCUUUCAGGCCUCAGGAUUAUUUACAUUUUAAUACAUGUUGUAUUUGUUUUAAUGGUACAUAGAGUACAUUUAUUAUUUUAAAUAAUGCUUUAAUGUAACUUGUUUUGAAAUGUACAUAAGAUAUAACAACUUUAUUUAAAUUAAAUUGAGAUAUUCA